CAUGGCGGCCGAGGUAACGUUACAUGUGUGGAACGUUUGGGUGCUGUUUGAGAGAGGUUCUCUUCGCGUACUCCACACUACACACUAUAUACCUCCACUACACGCAGACAGGUAAGAACCACCAUAAGGCGAACGAUCGUCGGCAAAUCGCAUUCGGGCUGUGGUACCUCUCUGCCAUCGGAGCCGAGAGUUAGCUGUAAAGUGCCUCGAAACAGUGAUCAUGUACAGUAAGAGACGGAUCGCCGUGCUGUUCACGCGUACUUUUCUCAUUCCGCACGAUCUCUCCUGCCUCACAUAAUAUUGAAACAAAUUUUUUUUUGUGUGUGGACUUUAACGGUAGAUGGAUACUCUGUGGACACCCAAAAUACCCCAGAAUCCCAUCAGGAAAUCACCUCUAAAGUGCACCAGAGGACUCAAGGACUAGGAAGUUUUUUCCUUAAUUUUUCAUUUGUUUAUAGACACACGAAAAAUGAUCUUGUGAAGUGAUCGUGAUCGCAACAUUUUGGACUUUGGAUAAUUUGCAAAAGCAGAAAACCCAACUUGAUCUGUUUAAGAAUCUCUCUCCCCAAGAUUGCAGAGACUUUCUUGUAUGGGAGACUAUUGAAGACAAAUUACAAUUAUUUUUCGCAGUGAUCGUGGAUCACAAGUGCCGGCCAUGUGAUCGGUGGACAAUUUUUAAUUUAUUAAAGAAAAAAAAAAAACAGAGAAAUUUGUGAAAUUGCAGACAAUAAUUUGGGAUUUUAAAGUGAAGAAGAUUUAAAGAAAAGGUGAAAAAAUGCCGAAAAUAUUCUUGAUUAAGAAUCGUCUACAUCAGCAGCAAUUGCGCUUGCUGGAAGCACAGAAUCUUCUCAGUGCAAAAGAUGAGGAUCGUCUUGGUGGCUUGGGCCACGGAUCGAGUGGUGGAGAUGAUGAACCCCUACCAUUGGUGGCAAAGAAAAAGGAUAACAAAGACUCAGUUGGGGACAUCUUUGCGGAAGAAAAUCGCCUCUCACCGAGUCCACCUGCUCCGGAGACAUCGUCACAUCGCGUACAGCAGGCACAGAGUAGCGAGAAAGCCCCCGAUCGACCCCUCCCGCGACGUUUCAUCUCAUCAAUUUUGGGCGGAGACAUCCCCUACGGAAGUAGGAGUCACAUUCUAACACAGGCCGAACGGAAGGAGUACCCAAAGCCGGGGCUACAGCGCAAAGAUAAGAAGGAGACCAAAUCAUCGGUGGUGCUGGUGGAGGAGAAGCCCAUCAUUCCGGAGGAGAAGCUAAUAAAUCUCUCCACGACGGCCACGAAGGUGAUUGCAUCAGGUAGUGAUAGCAAAGCCAGCCCAGCGCCACCCGAGGCGGCGGUGCGAUGUUCUGUGAUACAGCGCACACCAUCAACUAAGCCACAGUCAUCCCUGGUACCCACUAGACCCACCACAAAGUGCCCCCCAGGGUCGGAGCGCAAAGACGACGAUCCCACAGACGUCAAGGUGCCCCUGUCUAUGCUCACGGCACACCUAGAGCCCGAACAGGAGCACCCCAUUGACUAUCACAUCCCCAAGCAGCGUCCAGACGAAUUUGACGAGCGCGAAGCAGAAAAGAAAUCCCGCGAAGCACGACGCAGCGCUAUUGUGCAGGUUCGCCCUUUUCUCUCAAUGCGCGUCUUCCACCGUGCUGGUGGUUUGGGCAAGAUCAACGGCAUCAUGUCAGCAGCUGCGGGGCACGGACGCUCCGUGAACAGCGGCAAUGGGUCACAGGGUGGCCAAGGAACGAGUAAUGGUGGAGGAUCCAUCAAUUUUGGUGGCUCCUCAGGCGGAGCUGGGGGAGCCAGUGGCGGUGGGAAUGGAGUGAGUGGAGGAGGUGGUGUGAGUGGGGGCGGUGGAGGAGCUGGAGGUGGAAUGGGUGGACGCGAUGGACGCUCAAAUUAUGGGCCAAAUAGUCCACCAACGGGAUCCCUGCCACCCUUCUAUGAAAGCCUCAAAGGUGGUCAGGGUGGGAUGAAUGCCUACAAUGCGGCCAAUGGGAACUUCAUUGGCCCCAAUGGGUACCUCAUGAAUGGCAAUCUCAGCAUGGAUUGCGACGGGAAUAGUGAAUUGACGAAUCUCGGUGGGUACACGGACACAACGACACACGGUGGGAAGCAGUACUCAAUGCUACAGAAUGCAGCCUACGGGAUUCACCUGAAGGAUGAGCAGGAUCUCGAUUAUGACACCAAAAUGGAUCAAUUGUCACUCAAUGCGAAUCUCCUGCCCAAUUCCUAUUCCGGCUACGACGUCAGCGAUUCAAUGAUGGUGGAUUUGUCAGGGAACGUGGUGGAUCCACUGCAAUUCACAGCCACACUCACCUUCUCCUCACCAGCUGAACAUGCCCUCCUGGACAGCUUAACAGACGCCGUGGAUCUCUCAUCGUUCCUCCAGCGCCUCCCAAGUGAUGAUCAACCCAGCCCUGGCAAUGAACUCGAACUCUCCUCCACACCAUCCCUCACACCUGACUCCGUAUCCAUCACACCCGUCGACACGUGCCUCGAACCCUUCCCGGAGAACUUCAUCAUGGGCCCAGGGAGGGGGCAGAUGUACGAUCGGAAUUUCGGGGUAAUGCCCAAUGGGAAGGGCGUGUACCACCAUCCACCGGAGAAUAACCCACCACCCGGCUAUCAGCAGCAGUCGCAGCGCGACGUCCACCAAAUGCUGCCGCAUGCCGAUCAACACCAGUCACAUCCAGUGCAAUUGAACUUUGCGUCACAGCCCAACAUUGAGCUGGAUUCGCAGAGCAACCUUUCGCUACCGUCGCCGGCGAGUGGGGUGACGUCGUUGGACGGCACCACACCACCGGAUACGAAGCCCAUCAUCCAGUCCCUGGGACUACCCGCAGAAGUGCAAUUGGAGUUUGUAAAUGGGGGCCAUGGGAUCAAGAAUCCACUGGCAAUUGAGAAUACUCACGGGCACAGGAUCCGGGAUGAUGUACGUGUGCGAGGAAUGUGGGCACACAACCAGUGAACCCGAAGUUCAUUAUCUCCACCUAAAGGAUAAUCACCCGUACUCACCGGCACUCCUCAAAUUCUACGACAAGCGCCACUUCAAAUUCACGAAUUCACAAUUCGCCAACAAUCUUUUGGGGCAACUCCCGAUGCCAGUCCACAACUAGGGCUUCACAACACCCCCUUACAAUUAUACAAAGAAAAAAAAAAAAGAAAUCCUCUCCGCCUCUUAAUCAAAAGUUGAAUUAACCACCAUCAUUGACUAAAUUUUUCCUUUUUUUUU